AUGGAUUGCUGUUGCUGCGAUCGAAAUGGCGUCGACGAUCGCCUUACCGAAUACCUCAUCGACGGCAACACCGCCGAUCUAUCAAGCAACACCAUCUCGCCGUUAAAUUCUCAUUUCAUGGCGCUUUCCUGCCGCGACACACUACGCCUUAUCUUCCUGAGGCUUACCGUUUCCGAUCUGGCUCGUGCGAGCUGCGUUUGCAAAGUUUGGAACUCUGUCGCCUCAGAGGACGAUCUGGUGGUUACUGCUUUCACGGCGCCAUGGCGGAUUAAGGAACUUGUUGGGAUGCCUGCUUCCGGAUCCUUCUGGAGAGACAACGGAAUCUGGAAAUUUGCUAUCUCUCAUCGGAUUUCUCGUGGAGAUAGUGUCACCAGUCUCGCCGUCAAGUACUCCGUCCAGGUUAUGGACAUAAAGCGGCUAAACAACAUGAUGAGCGAUCAUGGGAUUUACUCAAGAGACAGACUGCUUAUCCCAAUAAGCAAUCCCGAAAUUCUUGCAAACACCAUGUGCUACAUAGAGGUAGACAAGUAUGCCAAACGAGAAGUAGCUGUUCUUUACCUAGAAGGUGGACCAAAGAGAGAACAGACUGUAUCUAGUAUAAAUCAUAUGUCCACCUUAUCAGCCCAUGGCAAGCGAAGGCUGAUUGAUUCUCUAAGGAGAAGCAUGCAAGUUGAUGAUGGAACCGCUCUAUACUACUUGGCUAUCGCUGAAGGGGAUCCAAGAUCCGCUUUGUCUGAGUUCUCGGCUGAUCUCAGUUGGGAGAGGCAGACUGGUCUCAACUAG